UGGCUCCGUUCCCCUUCCUCCGCAUGUAUUCCCUCUCCUCCCCACUGACCACUCCCAUUCAUUCAUUGAGCGCGGCUCCUCCGCGCUGCGCCGCGUCCCGCUGCCCCGACGCUGCGCCCCGCGCUCCCGAUGCGUCCGCGCGUCACUUGGCGGUGCCGUCGCCACGGAGGAGGACGAGAAGCGCCGUGCGGCCUCGAGUGCGUCGAGCGGCGCCCCUCCUGUCGAUAGCACGACCACAACCAACACCACAACCAACACCACCAACACCAGCAGGAGCAGCAGCAGCGCUAUCAGGAUGCCGUCCCCGCGGGCAACCCGGCUUCCCAUUCCCCUCCUCCUCCUCGCCGUGGCCGCGCUGGGCGCGUCGGACGCGGCCGUUCCGCCGCCGCCGCUGCGCUUCUCCGUGGACGAGGAGAGCCCUCCCGGGACGGCGCUGGGCAACCUGGCCCGGGCAAUGGGGCUGAGCGCCGCGGAGCUGCGGGCGAGGAGGCCCGACGUCAUCUCGGCGUCCUUCCGCGUGGCCGCCGACAGCGGCGAUCUGACGACGGCGUCGCGUUUCGACCGCGAGUCGCUGUGCCCGGGCCCCUACGGCGCCGACGACCUCGCGCCGUGCACGCUGGACGUGCCCGUGGUGCUGGAGGGGCCCUCCGAGGUGCGCCACGUGCGCGUGGAGGUGCUCGACGUCAACGACCACGCGCCCGAGUUCGCGUCCCCCUCGACGGUGCUCAACGUGUCCGAGGCGACGCCGCCGGGGACCGCGUUCCCCCUCGAGGCGGCGCGGGAUCUCGACGCGGGCACCAACUCGGUGCGCGGCUACGAGCUCAGCGGCACGGACGCGUUCGGCCUCGAGGAGUCGGCGGCGUGGGGGGCGCCCGAAGGCCCGGCCUUCCCCGCGCUGCGCCUGCUGAGGCCUCUGGACCGCGAGGAGCGCGCGGUGCACGAGUUCACGCUCACGGCGCGUGACGGCGCCGCGCCGCCGCGGGUCGCCACGCAGCGCGUCGUCGUGCGCGUCCUCGACGCGAACGACAACGCGCCCGUCUUCUCGCAGGUCGUUUACCACGCGCGCCUCCGCGAGGGUGCUCCCCGGGGCCUCCUGGUCGCGCGCCUCAACGCCACGGACGCCGACGAGGGCGACAACGGCCGCGUCGAGUACGCGCCGCGCGGCCGCUCGGACCCGCGCGCCCGCGACCUCUUCUCGGUGGAGCGCGCCACGGGCGAGGUGAGGCUGCGCGGCGCGCUGGACCGCGAGCAGGCGGCCACGCUGGAGCUGCGCGUCCAGGCCAGGGACCUGGGGCCCGACCCCAUGACGGGCUACGCCAAGGUGCUCGUCACGGUGCUCGACGAGAACGACAACGCGCCGCUCAUCGCCCUCGGCGUGGACGCAGAGGGCACGGCGCGCGUCCCCGAAGGCGAGGCCCCCGGCACCCUCGUGGCCUCCCUGGUCGUCAGCGACCCCGACGACGGAGACAACGGCCGCUACCGCUGCUGGCUGGAAGGAGGAGGCCCCUUCGAGCUGCUGCGCGGCGACGCGGGCUACUCCAUCGUCACGUCCGCGGCGCUCGACCGCGAGACGACCGACGCCUACGAGCUGCUCGUGCGCGCCGAGGAUCGGGGCUCGCCGCCGCUCGACGCCUCGGCGCCGCUGCGCGUCGUGGUGACGGACAGGAACGACAACGCGCCCGGAUUCACGCGCGGCGCCUACGAGUUCUCCCUGCUCGAGAACAACGUCCCGGGCGCCUUCGUGGCGACGGUGGAGGCCACGGACCCGGACCUGGGCGACAACGGCCGCGUGGUAUACUCCAUCGCGCCAGGCGGCUCCCCGCCCGCGCUCUCCUACGUCUCCGUCGACGGCGUCAGCGGCAAGAUCUACGCGCUGCGCUCGCUCGACAGGGAGUCCUUGCCGCGCCUGAGCUUCGCGGUGGAGGCGCGGGACCUGGGCGAGCCGCAGCUCAACAGCACCGCGCGGGUCACCAUCGCGGUGCGCGACUCCAACGACAACGCGCCCGCGGUCGCGCUCCCGCGGCUGCGCAACGGGAACGCGACGCGCCGCGUGCUGCGACAAGCGGCGCGCGGCUCCCUCGUGCUGCGCCUGCAGGCCACGGACGCGGACGAGGGCGACAACGGCAGGGUGAGCUACUCCGUCAUCGACAAGGAGCAGGAGCAGGGGGGCGAGGCGGUCGGAUGGUUCGCGGUGGACGCGCGGAGCGGGGAGCUCACGAGCGCGCGGAGCUUCGCGCCCGGCGACCCGGGGAGGUUCGAGGUGACGGUGGAGGCGCGCGACCACGGCAGUCCUGCGCUGACGGCGCGCGCGACCAUCACCGUGAUCCUGGUGGACACCGUGGACGAGCUGAAUCCCGGCGACGACGGCCACGACGACUUCGACGGCGCUGACGAUGGCAGCAGCAGCAGCAGCGCUGGCGGCGUCGGCGGCGAGGGCGAGAGCGGGAGCAGCACCACGGGCGGCGAAGCGGGCCGCAUGCCGCUCUCGCUGAUCCUCAUCAUCGCGCUCGGGGGAGUUUGCUCGCUGCUCUUCGUCGCCAUGGUGGUGAUCGCCGUGGUGUGCAAGCGCGAGAACAAGGAGAUCCGCACCUACAACUGCCGCACGGCCGAGGCCUACCUCUACCGCAAGCCGCACAAGGCCAUCAGCAAGCGCGCCAUCGUCGUGGUGCCGCCGAGCGAGGCGGCCGCGCGCCGGGGCCCGCGGCCGGCCGCGCUCGGGGAGUGCAGCGCGGAGGGGGCGCGGGAGCCGGGCCAGGGGGCGCCCCACGUGCCAGAGUCUCCCGAACAGCUCGCACAGGUCGCCCGAAAGAGCCGGACGGAUCUGCCUUGCAGCGGCGGCAGCAACGGCAGCAGGGAGUCGGGCGGGCUAGGAGUUGGGGCGAGGCGAGGCGGCGGCGGUGGUGGUGAUGGCGGCGGUGGUGGUGAUGAUGAUGGGAGACCACGCGCUGACCACAGGGUCAGAUUCGCGUUCAGGAUUAGACUUAGGGCGAGGAGCUUUCUCAUGUGCAACAGAGCAGGGGGUCACGGUGCCCGGUGUAGCAGCAGCGGCGGCGGCGGCGGCAGCAGGGGUCGCGGAUCCCCAUGCAACAUCAGCAGCAGCGGUGGCGGCCACGUGGAUUACAGAUGCAACGUGCACGCGCAGCCGGGACCCCAAGCACGUCCUUGUUCAUUCCUCACCUUCGGGAAAGAUGAACGCCAGCUCGCAGCGCAGCAGCAACAGCUGACGACGAAGAAGGAAGACGGCGGUGCAGUUGCUGUCGCUGGAGCCUGUAACGGUGACAGCAGCAACAGGAACAGCUGUAGCAGCAGCAGCAGCUGUAGUGACGCUGCCGAACUGAGCGCCUUUCUCGGGGAGUGCGUGGCGCGGUACUGCAGUCUCGAGUCCCAACCAGAGGCGCGCUGCAGCAAGAGCCACCGCCUGCUGCUGUCUUCGUCGUCAUCUUCUUCUUCAUCAUCAUCCUCAUCAUCAGCAGCAGCAGAUUUGGAGUGCGGACUCGACUCGCUGUCGCUGUGCAGUCGAGAUGAGGACGCGAGGGGAGAGGAGGAUGAGGAGGAUGGCAGGAGCGUGGGGUUCCUUAGAGUGCUGAGCGUCGAUAGUGAUGACGGUGGUGAUGGCGGUAGCGGUGAUGAGGACGAUGGUGGUGGUGGUGGUUAUGAUGACGCCACGUGCUCGCACCACCACGUGCGGCGCGACGAUGCCAGACUCGUGUUGGACGUCACGCUGGAGCAGGUCGACGGAGUCACCGUGUGAUCUGUCCAAAAUCCGGGCCACACCGCAGCGCCGGGCCCGCUUACACGCAUCGAAUCAUUUGCGCCGCUCGCGUCAUGUUAACCGCAACGGGACUCGAGCGGCAGUCCCACCCCCCCCCCAAUUCCCCCCCCCCACCCCCC